UAUCUUCAUGUCCAUCAAUAAAUAAUUGAAAAAAAACAAGUUUUUGCGGUUCUGGUUACUAUUUAUGUUGUGCUACCGACUCUGUUGUCCGAAUAUUUUUUAUUUAACAUAAUCUUCACAUUCUAACGUAACAUAUUCUUUGUUUUAAUCAGUAGUAAUAAUUACCUUAUAUCAAUGGCUCUACAACAAAACUAGCUCAGUAAAUUGUAUCUGAAGAAUUGGAAAUUUCAACUUUUAAUUAAAAAUGGAAGAAGUCGAUUCUAUCAUUUUACACUUCCUUCGUCAGUUAUUUAUAAACAUUGAUGAUGAUAUCAAGAAUAUUUGUGAUCUACCAGUAGAAGGAAUAAUAGAAUCGGCUGCAAAAUGUAUAGCUGCCAUCAAUCAAAACAUUAAGGUGCCAGGUAAAUUACCUACAGGACUAUCACAAAGAAUUGAAGUUGCUGCACAAAUAGCAUCAAUUUGCAAGGAUUUGGGUUAUCAGAAUGAUGUUGGAUACCAAACGUUCCUCUAUCAUAAUGAAACAGAAUUAAGGCAGGUGUUUAUGUUCCUGAUAGAAAAACUCCCAAGUGAAGAUAAAAAACCAACAAUAAAAGUUUACCCUUCAAACAAAAAGCAUAAACUAUUCCAAGAAAUAAGUAGUAAAAUUGCAGAAGACCUAAACACUAUUUGGAUUCCACCAUGCUGUAAACCCAGUGUUCAUAGCACUUUAGGAGAUUAUAUAUGUAAACGAGAUAAAUCUCUAGACUCCAAAUUAGAUACUGAGGAAAUGGCUAGAAAGCUAUCAAAGAUCUCUGAAAUUAGGAAUGCAAAAGUAAUAUUUAAAUCUGCUAUGGAUACACAAAGUGUUGAGAAAAACAAUAGUCAAGAUGAUGUAAAACAAUAUGAGUCUGAUAAAACUUUGAAAGAAUUGAAAGAAACAGCAAUAUUACUACGGCAAAAGUUAGACACAUUGCAAAGUGAAAGAAACGUAAUGGAUGUGGAAUAUUCACAGGCAUUAAAAAAUUGUGACCGAGCUGAAUUAGACUUAAAAAAUAUACAAAAUAUUCUUUGUAGUGCUGGUAUAGCAGAAAUUGAAUCUGACAGCAUAGAUAACAUUUAUGAAAAAGUUCAUGAAAACAUAGGUAUGUUAAACAGAAAAAGUGAAGACCUGACCUCCAAGAAUCUAUCAUUAAAGGUUGAAAUUUCUAAGUUUAAGGCAAACAAUACUUUAAAUGAAUCUGAAAGAAGUAAAUGCAGAAAAAUAUUUAUGAAUCUAAAGGAAACAGCCAAAGGUAUGAAAGAGGAAUGUGAUAAGAAAGAAGAAUUUAGAAAUCAAUUAAAAAAUAAAUAUGAAAAACUGAGAGGGGGCAACAAAAGGCAUAUUUAUACAAAACGAAUAUUAGAAAUCAUAGGCAAUGUUGUAAAGCAAAAUGCUGAAAUUAAGAAAAUCUUGGAAGACACCAGACAACUACAAAAGGAAAUUAAUACUCUUGAAGGACAACUGGAUAGAUGUUUUUCAAUUGCUGAUGAGACACUAUUCAAAGAUGCUAAAAGGGAUGAUCAAGCUAAAAAAGCUUAUAAGCUAUUAGCGUUGUUACAUUCAGAAUGUAACACAAUAGUGACAUUAGUCAAUGAUACUGGUAUUUUAUCCAGGGAUAUAAUCGAUUUAGAGGAUAACAUAAAAGCAGAAAAGUCAAAGAGGACUGAAGAUAUUCUGCAGAAAAUACAAUUAGAUCUUUCAAAACUGCAAAAUGAAUCUUAUUAAUUUCUUGAAUUACACUGAUUUACUAAGAGGAUAAUAUGUAAUCACAAAAUGGAAGAUAUUCUUCAGCUACAUCAUCAAGAAAUUCAACACCACUCCGAAAAACUUUUUACUGACAUAAAUAAUAUUGAUAAA